AUGGCAGAGAUGAGAAGGGUGCUCUUGUUACUGCUGUGCGUUUCCCAGUCUUCUGCCAACUGUGGCAUCCAGAAAGCUUUCAUUCCGGACACUCUCGAGGACAACCUGGUCCACAGCAAGAUGUUCCCGUGGGUGGUGUCUCUGCAGGACUCCCGGUACACCCACCUGGCUUUCGGCUGCAUCCUCAGUGAGUUCUGGAUCCUCAGCGUGGCCUCCACCUUUCAGCACAGGAAGAACGUGGUCGUUAUAGUCGGCAUAGCUAACAUGGAUGCCCGGAAGAGAGCCCACACAGAGUACCCAGUCAACAUCAUCAUCAUCCACGAGGGCUUCAACAACCGCUCCAUGAGGAACAACAUAGCCCUCCUAAAGACAGACACGGCGAUGCAGUUCAGCGACCUGGUCCAGCCCGUCUGCUUCCUCAGCAGGAUGCUGCAUAAGCUCCCGGCCUUGCGGAACUGCUGGCUGUCAGGAUGGAACCCCACGUCUGCAACAGGAAAGCACAUGACGAUGAGCAUCCUGAGGAAAAUCUCCGUGAAAGACGUUGACGUGUGUCCCUUCUACAAACCCCCCAAAACAGCCUGCUGCAGCCACAGAGAGCCGAAAACAGAGAACAUCUGCCUGGGGGACCCAGGCAACCCAGUGAUCUGCCAGUUCCAGCAAUCGGAUCUCUGGGUCCUGAGAGGCAUCCUGAACACAGGUAGUGAGGAAUGCGCCGGCCCAUUUCUGUACACCAAGGUGGAAGACUACAGUGACUGGAUCGAGGCCCAGGCGAAGAGAGUUGGCCCUGACCUGUAUUCCCUCCACCACUGGAAGAAGGUGCUCCCUCCUUCCGGCGGGCUGAAGGGCAUCAUGACAAAGAAAACACAUGCUGAGUCAGGCCAUGCUGGAUGGCACCCAGGGCACCACCAAGGACGAAAGUGGCCCUCCAGUCAUUCGCUGCCAGCAAAAGACUCUAGGAAUAGUCUUGACUUUAGGCAAAAGGGUCUGAGGGAGGCAGGCCGGGCUUCAGAGAUGGCCAUGCAACCCAUGUACUAUGACUACUAUGGGGGGGAGGCUGGGGAAGGCGGGGGGUCCAUUGCAGGUCAGAACAGCUUACACCAGCCCCAGCAAAUCACCAUGCUUUUUCUCUUGCUCAGUGCCUUUUGCAGCAGUACCUAG